GCACGCGUGUGCUCCUCUGAGCCCCUUCUCUCCCGCCGGCCCCUGUCACCCUGAGACAUGCACGUGGCCGUGGUGGCCGCAGCCGCCAUCCUGCUCCUGGGCGCCGGCCGGCCCUGCCAUGCCCUCUGCUCGCCCACCGUGUUCUACAGGGACUGCUGGAUCCGGCGCUUCCCGGGGCUCCUGAUCGACCUGGAGGAGUCGCAGAAGCGGGGCGCCCAGUUCCUGAGGUACUACUGGGAGAGCACGGGCCAGAGGUGCGGCAGGAGCUGCUGCCUGCGGAAGGAAGUCUCCUGCAACGUGGCUGUCUUCCACCAUGACCCCGUGCACGACAACAUCAACUGCCUCCAUGUCCACUGCCCCACGCUGGAGAGCUGCAUACUGGAGCCCGGGCCCAGCGCCAUCCUGUACAACGUAACAGGCGGUAUCGACCCAGAUUUGCUGGUUUUUGGCCAGUUGCUUCCGACACACCUAAAUACCCGAUCUUCAUCUAACAGGUGGGGCAGACUAAGGAUUCUAAAAGCCAUGAAUGAAGAUCAACAGGAACCCACCACGGUGAACGAGAUGCCACCCGCUCCGUCAUCCACCGCACCUCGAGGCUGGCUUGUAGACGCAAACGGGACCACUUAUUCCAAGGAAUUAACGGCAGGUGUGUGGACAAGAUUCUUUUCUCUGAAUAACUCCAUUACCACCAAGGUGGACGUGGGGUCACGGAGCACGGAGGUCACCAACAAGACCGUCUCCCCCUCCUUGGUGCCUACGGACUCGGAACUGUCUCACGUGCCUGCCCCAUUCCGCCUCAACAGCAGCAAACAGUCACUGAACAAGACCAAGGGGUCCAACAGCGGGAACCACACAGCUGGCGAUGGAGGCGAGACGCUCACGCAGGGGGCUCUGCCUGCAAGAGCCUGGCUGGCCCCCAUGGCCCUGGGCAGCUCCGCCCUCUUGCUUUGCUGCUGUGUAGUUUUCUUGGCAUCUGGGUGCUGUCGAAAGCGGCAGGGCCAGUACCAACCAGGACAGAGAAAGCCAGAACGCCGGCGAGGUGAGAAACGUACACGCUGAAGAACUCUGGACAGGGAAAAGUCUAGCAUGAGCGCGAGCUCUCAGGGGUAUCGUGAUUAGUUUUAAGACGCGGGCAGAUUGGUUAAAAAAUAAUUACACAGGAUGCCUAUUCCUACCAAUCUCUAAAGACAGAUGCCUUAUAAACCUAACUGCUUUAUUGUUUCCUAUUUCUCUGAAUAGUGUUACCUUGGCCACAGCGCUGAGAUUCCGCCCCCCGCGGCUAUUAGCUGAGCGGUACUGACUCACUGCCCUUACAACUAUCAUUAUCUCAUCACACAGACGGGAA